AUGUCCGACUCCCCCCAAUCCAAUUCAAAGGACGUUGAACAUGGUACACCGUCACCCGAGGACGAAGCACAAAUGAACGACCCUCAGGACCCACUCUCGAGCGGCCACGCCUAUGAGUUUGAUGUUAAAGAGCAAGACAGAUGGUUACCCAUAGCCAAUGCUUCGCACGCUUGCAUGGCGACAGGAUCCCCUCCUUGA